AUGUCUGAAUUUCAGGAAUAUCCAAGUCAACCAUCUGUACAAUCAGUAGACUCUACAUCAGUUAAAGGUGAUGAACCAGUUGAUACUACUCUUGAUGAACCAGUUCUUAGUACUUUAUGGAGAGAAAUUAAGCAAGUAGGAACAAAGUUAUUCCAUGUUGUUGUUUUCUGUACUAAAACAGAAAAAGUUAUUAAAGAUUGGGAUUUAUGGGGACCAAUGUUCGUAUGUUAUAUUCUUUCUUUAUUACUUUCCAUUAAUGUUAUGGUUCGUAAAGGAAAUAGUGGUAAAGAUGAUCAAUAUAGUUCUUAUAUCUUCUCCAUUGUUUUUAUUUGUUUCUGGUUGGGGUCAAUAGUUAUUUCAUUAAAUACUAAAUUCCUUGGUGGUCAUUUAACUAUUCCUCAAAGUAUCUGUAUUGUUGGAUAUUGUGUUUUCCCAAUUUUCAUUGGUGCUAUUAUCACAACUGUUGCAACAAUUUGUUGGUCACCACUUUCUAUUUAUGUUGGAAUUCCAGUUAUGGUUCUUUGUGAUAUCUGGUCAUGCAUGGCAUCAUUUGGAUUCCUUCAAAGUGCUAUUAAAUUGACUAGAAGACCAUUAGCUGUUUUCCCAAUUAUGUUAUUCUUUACUAUGUUAUCAUGGUUAACUCUUGUUGUCAAUAUCACAGGUUUUACAAUCAAUAAAGCUACCAGUGAGGCUUAA